ACUCCCAGUGCGCUCCGGUCCUGCUGCCCGGUGGAGGAACCGGGCUCCGCUCCGCUCCGCUGCUCCUCCUCCUGUCCGGGACGAGAUGCUGCUCAGGGACCCGGUCUGCUGGUAGUUCUCGGUGAUCCGGAUCAGGAUGGCCCGUCCCGGACUCCUGCCUGCUUUAGCCGCUCUCACUGGUCUCCUGGGCCUGGCGCUGAGCCAGACCACGCUGGCUCCUGCCGCCACCGACACGACGCCCCUCGCCACCGUGACCGGGGUCACCUCUCCGCCCGUGACCUUCGCCAGCACGACCCCGAGCUGCUCGGCCUUCAACGUGUCCACGUGCGAGCCGUGCGCGCCGGGAUCGCAGUACGACAACAACACCCUGCUGUGCUCGUGCUGCUCGGACCCCGGGCUGUGCGUGUUCCCCGGAGCCUGCUUGCCGUGCGGCACCGGGUUCUACCAGCCGCUGGCGGGGCAGCAGCGCUGUCUCCCCUGCAGCCAGGGCUUCUACACCAACUUCACUGGGAGUCCGCUGUGCCACUCCUGCCCUCCUGGGUCCUUCAACAACGACACGGGCAGAGACAGCUGCACCGGCUGUCCCGCAGGUUUCUUCUCCUCGCAGCAGAGCGCGACGUCGUGCACGCCGUGCACCCUGGGAAGCUUCUGCAACUCCACUGGCUGCUCCGAGUGUCAGACGUGUCCCGCAGGAAGAGAGGCUCUGCAGACCGCCGCCAAGGACUGCACGCCAUGCCGGCCAGGCAUGCACAAGGCGGCUCACCAGACCAUGUGUCAGAUCUGCGGCAGCGGCUUCUUCCAGAUCCGCUGGGGUCAGGAGAGCUGCGACCUGUGCCCGGAGGACCACUACUGCCCGAGUCCCGACGUCAACCCCAUCAAGUGCCCCAGCGACGCCUUCUGCCCCGAGGGCAGCCUGGCCCCGGGGUACUGCAUGGAGACCUUCUUCCGGAAGGCCGGGGACACGUGCGAGCUGGCGCCCGUCACCAUCGCCCUGCUGGUCAUCGGAGGAGGAGUGGCGUUGCUCUUCAUCGUCGUGCUGGUGGUGCGGCGCCGGCGGGACGCCGACGGAGAGCUGACGUUGGCCCGAGCCCCCCUGCUGGGGAAGGAGCGGCCUCAGGGCCGGUACUACGGCCUCCCCUGCGACGCGGAGCCGGUGUACGCCGGCUGGUGAGCUUCGUUCACGCGGUACAUUUCAAAACGUGGCGUCCGGGCGGAGGCUGGCUGCUGUGUGAGUUCUAUUAGUGUGACCUUGUUCCGACGGUCCCGCCGGAGACACCCGGUCCCGUUGUGACCGGGGUGAUUGGAUUAGAGGAGGAAUGCCGGAGCGGGGAGAACCGCACGCAUGCCUCCUCUCAGCGGGAACACAGCGCUCCUCUGAAAAGCACUUUGUUUUUUUUACCGAGGUAAUUGAUUGAGUUUGCAUUCACGUGUUGUCAGAUGCCCCCCCCCCCCCCCUCCCCACCCCCACCAUGAUGCUCUGCUCUUUUAUAUUGUUUGAUUAUUGUAGUUUGACUGUGUCGUCGUUGCUCAGCGGUUUCUCUCCUGCUUUUUUAAAAGUUGUAUUUGUAUGUUGUGAAAACG